GCUCUUGGGUCUUUUUUAGCGCCAUCUGCUCGCAGCGCCGCCUCCUGCUCCUCCCGCCGCUGCCCGGAGUCACGGACUGCGCAGCUCCGGCCGCCGGGCUCCCCGUGCUCGCCAUCGAUAUUUGGAGUUCUUAACAACAUGGAAGACAUUGAAAACAAAGAACAGUCUGAACUUGAUCAAGAUUUGGAUGAUGUUGAAGAAGUAGAAGAAGAAGAAACUGGUGAAGAAACAAAAAUCAAAGCGCGUCAGCUGACUGUUCAGAUGAUGCAAAAUCCUCAGAUUCUUGCAGCCCUCCAAGAAAGACUUGAUGGUCUGGUAGAAACACCAACAGGAUACAUUGAAAGCUUGCCUAAGGUAGUUAAAAGACGAGUGAAUGCUCUCAAAAACCUUCAAGUUAAAUGUGCACAGAUAGAAGCCAAGUUCUAUGAGGAAGUUCAUGAUCUUGAAAGAAAGUAUGCUGUUCUCUAUCAACCUUUAUUUGAUAAGCGAUUUGAGAUCAUUAAUGCAAUUUAUGAACCUACGGAAGAAGAAUGUGAAUGGAAACCAGAUGAGGAAGAUGACAUUUCGGAGGAGCUGAAAGAAAAGGUCAAAAUUGAAGAUGAGAAAAAGGAUGAAGAAAAACAAGAUCCCAAGGGAAUUCCUGAAUUUUGGUUGACUGUUUUUAAGAAUGUUGACUUGCUCAGUGAUAUGGUUCAGGAACAUGAUGAACCUAUUCUGAAGCACUUGAAAGAUAUUAAAGUGAAGUUCUCAGAUGCUGGCCAGCCUAUGAGUUUUGUUUUAGAAUUUCACUUUGAACCCAAUGAAUAUUUCACAAAUGAAGUGUUGACAAAGACAUAUAGAAUGAGGUCAGAACCAGAUGAUUCUGAUCCCUUUUCUUUUGAUGGACCAGAAAUUAUGGGUUGUACAGGGUGCCAGAUAGAUUGGAAAAAAGGGAAGAAUGUCACUUUGAAAACCAUUAAAAAGAAACAGAAACACAAGGGACGUGGGACAGUUCGUACUGUGACCAAAACAGUUUCUAAUGACUCGUUCUUUAAUUUUUUUGCUCCUCCUGAAGUUCCUGAGAGUGGAGAUCUGGAUGAUGACGCUGAAGCUAUCCUUGCUGCAGACUUUGAAAUUGGUCACUUUUUACGUGAGCGUAUAAUCCCAAGAUCAGUGUUGUACUUUACUGGAGAAGCUAUUGAAGAUGAUGAUGAUGAUUAUGAUGAAGAAGGUGAAGAAGCGGAUGAGGAAGGGGAAGAAGAAGAUGAGGAAAAUGAUCCAGACUAUGACUCAAAGAAGGAUCAAAACCCAGCAGAGUGCAAGCAGCAGUGAAGCAGGAUGUAUGGCCUUGAGGAUAACCUGCACUGGUCUACCUUCUGCUUCCCUGGAAAGGAUGAAUUUUCAUCAUUUGACAAGUUCAUUUCAAGUUUUUUGUUGUUUGUUUGUUUGCUUGUUUUUGUAGCCUAAAAUAAAAAUGUCAAAUAUAAUUUUAGUUCUCACAAGAUAAUGUCUUAUAAUUUUGUACUAAUUCAGGCAGAAGUGAAGCCUUAGCUUGAAUUAAGUAUUGUACCCAGUUUACUAUCAUACUGAAGAAAAGGGUGCCAACUCUGGAAGAGGUAUACUGCAUUUAAAAAGAAAGUAUAAAAAAAGAAAAAGAUGAUGUAAUUUUUUUAAAAGUAAGUUAAGUUUUAUUUCCUUUGGUUAGAAUGAGAGAAGGCCGCAAGCCUCUGAUUAAUUCCAGUUCUUAUUGUUUAUAAAGUAUGAGUAUGUUGUUUACCCAUGCUUCUGUUUACUAUGUAUUAAAAUGGGUAGUACUGUUUACUUAACUACCUCACAUGUGUUAGGCAUAUUAACUUAAAUUAUAUAUGAAAUGUUUCUCAACCUUAUUGAAAGCUUAAAAAUUUGGAACUUUUUGCACCACAAGUAUGAUAUUCAGCCCUUUAGUCUACCGCAGUUUGCUAAAUAAACCAGAAAACAAAAGUUAAGUACUUUACUCUGGAUCUGGUCAGGCAGUGCUCUUUUAGUGGCUCCUUAUUUAAUAGAAGUGGAUGGAUAACCAACUAUUUCAAAGGUCCAAGAAUUGUUUUUAGGUAUUUUAGUUAUGACCAUAGAGAUCAUGGUUCUAAAAUAGAAGUAAGGCCGUUUUUAAAGGGGUAGGGGGAAUCCCAUUAAACUUGAUAUUGUACAGCCACAUUUAAAAUACCUCAGGCUAAUUACUGUUAAUUUUUUCUGGUGAACUUAAAAGUUUUGGCAGUGAGGGUGGACUAAUUGGAUUGUAAUUGGAAAACAGCUUAGAGUUUCUGCUAGUAAUAAAAUAACAGUAGGUUCAUUUUUAGAAAUGAUAGCAUUUGCAUUUUGAAAAUUUAGUAUAACAGUCUUAGAAUGUGAAUGAAUACACUUUGUUAUUUGUGUACUACUAUCUUUUUCACUCCUGAGAUUUUAAUUCACUACUGGAAAUCCUUAACCAAUUGCAAUAGUUUAUGGUGGGGGGGGGGCGGGGAAUGCCAUGAAAACACCUGAUGUUUUUCCUCUUCAUUUUCAAAAUGAUUUUGGUUGCUUUGAUUAGACCUUCUGUGCUAAUGUUUUUUUGUACCCAUAGCUCAUUUGAACACAGAUGAACUUUAAGUAGCAAAACCACUAUAUUCUUUUUUUCUUUAGGAAAUAGCUAUUGCCAAAGUGAAGGAGUAGAUACUAUUUCAUCUUGUUAUAUAAAGGGCAAUGUGAUUUGCAGAGGAAUUGCUCUCUUAAUAAAGUUGGGGUUUCAAAGAA